CAAAAGAUAUUGCUCCUCCACAAGUUGCUGGAUACUUGGAAGUAACAGAUCUGAACUCGAAGAAAAUCAAAUACAUUGCUAUUCCUAGCCCACGUUCUCUCUCUCCGUAUACAUCUUGGCUCUCUAUGAUCUCAGAUGCUGAUGCCCUCUUGGCACCACUUGGCAAAGUAGGCUUGGUUAGUGUGGACAUGGGAGGUGGUGUGAGGCUCUGGGAGACUGGGCUCGAAAGCCUGCAGCGUUCUCUGCAGGACUGGAGGAACAUGAUUGGACAGGAGGAUGGUCGGCCUGUGCAGAUAACCAUUCAGAGGGACAGUGGUUUGGACGUCAGUUCCCCCAAACAUGGAAAAGUGGAUCCAGACAACAUGCCUCAUGUUGGUGGAAAUACUUGGGCUGGUGGAACAGGUGGGAGAGACACUGCUGGGCUAGGAGGCAAGGGUGGGCCAUAUCGUCUGGAUGCUGGCCAUAAGGUUUACCAAGUAUCUCAAGCUGAAAAGGAUGCUGUUCCUGAGGAAGUUAAGAGAGCUGCUCGAGAGAUGGGUGAAAAAGCCUUUAAACAGAGAUUGAAAGAGAUUCAGAUGAGUGAGUAUGAUGCAUCUACCUAUGAAAGAUUCUCUGGAGCAGUACGACGUCAGGUUCAGUCGCUCCGCAUCAUCUUAGACAAUCUGCAGGCCAAGGGUAAGGAAAGACAAUGGAUGAGACACCAAGCUGUUGGAGAACUAGAUGAUACCAAAAUCAUUGAUGGGCUGACAGGAGAAAAAGCCAUUUAUAAACGACGGGGAGAGCUUGAGCCGCAACCUGGGAGCCCCCAGCAGAAGCCUAAACGCUUGCGCUUAGUGGUGGAUGUUUCUGGAAGCAUGUACCGUUUUAAUGGGGUCGACGGACGGCUGGAGCGCUCCAUGGAGGCAGUCUGCAUGGUCUUGGAAGCUUUUGAGAAUUACGAGCACAAAUUCAAGUAUGAUAUUGUUGGACAUUCAGGAGAUGGCUACAACAUCGCCUUGGUUGAGAGUGGGAAAGUUCCCAAGAACAAUAAGCAAAGAUUAGAGAUUCUUAAGGUCAUGCAUGCUCAUGCUCAGUUCUGCAUGAGUGGAGAUCAUACCUUGGAAGGCACUGAGCACGCCAUUCGGGAAAUUGCCAAGGAGGAUGCUGAUGAGUAUUUUGUUAUCGUCUUGAGUGAUGCAAAUCUGGAGCGAUACGGCAUUGAACCAUCAAAAUUUGCCCAGGUCUUGACUACCAACACACAAGUCAAUGCUUUUGCCAUAUUUAUAGGGUCUUUAGGAGACCAGGCAGAUAGGCUGCAGAGGACUCUGCCGGCAGGACGCUCCUUUAUUGCCAUGGAUACUAAAGACAUCCCUCAGAUUUUACAGCAGAUCUUCACAUCAACCAUGCUGUCAAGUGCCUAGCCAGCGCCAAUGCCAUGGUGCAGAAAUUCAAAGAAGAAAUCCAAUCCUGCUGAAGAUACAAACUCUACAGCUGAGGACUAUCAGCUAUUAAUAAAAUACAUCCUGUUCUGCAAUCAGCAAACCAGCCCCAAUCUUCACUAGAGCUCCACCAACUUUGUGUGUUCCAGGAACUGCAGUGAGGCUGAGGCAAACCUCAGGCUGGCAACAGAGUGGAUGUUCUUCCAGAGGGACAAAAGAUAAAGUACAGUUUGUGAUCAUUACUCUGGCUGAUGGAUUGCCAGCACUUAAGCAUCAUCUGGCACGGUUUUACUAACAUGGUUCUCUGGGAUUAGAUAAUAUUAUACAAUGCAGAGCCAGACAA